AUGAGCGUAGCUAGUCAGGACGAUAAGUCGCGCGUCGCAUCGAACGCGUAUUUCCCGGAGAUCCCAAAGAUAUUACCACAUGAGAAGGUAUUUCCGAUACAGAUUGGCGGGGAACUAUUUCGAUUAAGUGGCGCGUCAAUAUCUUCAGAUGGUCAAGCUCCCUCGUACUUUUCGCAAUUCUUUGAACAACAGUUGGCAAAUCUAGAGGAAGGCCAGACGAUCCGAACACUCUAUAUUGACCGUGACCCGAUUACAUUUAGAGAUAUCGCACGUCACCUUCAAGGAUAUCAUGUUUCCCCAAAAGAUGGCCAACACUUCGUAAGACUAUUUGCAGACGCCCAAUUCUACAGCCUUCCGAAAUUAAUCUCGCAACUCUUUGAAUCGGAAAUUUUCAUUUCCAUUGGCUCUCGCCACUUCCAAAUCAAUCGCGACCUCUUUCAGUCCCCCGGAAACUCGCCGAACUACUUCUCCCUAGGCUUUGCUGUCUUUUUCUCCUCUCCAAACGAAGUCUUCCCCGGCCUCGCUCGUGAAGGCCUCCUCCGCCCCCCUUCAAUUCUCCCUCCGGAGGUGCCCAACCGCUCCGCCGACGUAUUUGCCGAGCUUCUUCAUCUCCUCCGCGGUUAUCCUGUUCACAUCCGGAACGAAGAACAUCGCCAGGAGCUUCUGCGCGACUGCAAAUAUUUCCAUCUUAAAGGGCUGGAACAAAAACUCAUCCCCCAUGAGAUAUCUUGGAAUCAGAGACGCCAGCGCCAAGAGAUUGUCAUCCGCCUCGAGGACGUCAAACCCUCCGGUGUUGCCUUCCUCCCUGACUUUGGUGGAGAUCAGUUCCCUGGGGCUAAACAGUCGAGCGGAUGGAUAAAUUAUAUGCGUCCAUUUGUUGACGAUAUCCAGCGCGAACUCAUCGUCGAGAUAGGGGGCGAGCAGACUAAAGUUGACUUCCGCAGUGGCCGCGCUGAAUUCACCGGGACUACCAAUCAGCGUGUUUCGGCACUAUUCCAGGUGAUUGCUAAUAAACUGGGGCUGCCGGUUGGACACGAGAGAGCUCUUGGACUUGUACUGUUGGGACAGAACGGGUCGACCACCGGGUCCUCUGGUCCUGCGAGCCCGGGGAAUACCCCUUUGAGUGAAGAUCGAGUUAAGAUCAAGCUCGGACCAGAAUGUUUUAUCAAGCUGGACGGAGAGGAGUAUUUGGAUCGGGAUGGGAUGAGCUCAUUUGAUGCCCACGAUAACGAUAUGGCUGAUGGCGCCUCCGCACCAUCUGGAAGUGACGCGGGGAGGAGUGUGGGCGGUACUCCGAGCCCAAGCAUGAAUUGGCAACAUAGUGCGAGUAGACCCGCAUCUACUAAGCCAUUCUUGGGGGUACAGGGGCAAUCAGGCCCACGGAAGAGACACAAAAGACAGGGCAGUAUGGAAGAAGGUGGUGGCGAGUGGGUUGUGAAAAGGGGACAGUGGAGAGUCAGAGUACAGACUACCACUGGGCAAGAUGGGAGGAGUGGGAUGGAGGUCGUACUUGUAGGAGUAAGACUAGAGGCGUUCAGUGGAGAAUAUGGUAGGAACUCACGGCGUGGGUUCUUAAUUUAA